UAAACAUCAUACGACAUUUUCACAACUUAAUUUUUCGGUUUUUACUAUACUUAUCAUUUUGGAAGGAAGAAUUAUUCAAACUUUUCAUAUAUUUAAUGAUUGCAACUUCAACACCAUUUAAAAAAAUGGAUUCUAUUAAAAAACAUAAGGCUGAACCAGAUGCUGUUAACAAGGCCCAGUCUGAUGCUCGCAAUCGUCGCAAAGCAUGGCCAAUAGUUCUUUCAAAUCAACGUUAUAACAAAAUUAUAAAUAAUGCCAUACCGUUGGAGAAGUCCAAAGCAAAACAGCAAUUUGACGAAGAGCAACAAUAUUUGGAACACUUGAAAGCAGGCAAUGACCAAUUGGUUGCACAAUUCAAAGGAAAUAAGCAAAGAACCCAAGAAGAAAGGGUGCAGCAGAUGAAAGACCAAUUGGAAAAGAAGACACAACAAGCCAAGGAAUCUUACGAGCAAACCAAGGAAAACGAAGCCCAAAAACGUCAAGAGAAAAUAGCCAAGGCACAGCAGUUAAUAGAAAAACUAAAGCCAGGUCCGCGGGAUUUACAAACCGCUGUUCUACAAAGCGAAGUUCUGCGCGCACGCAACGUUCAACGUGAAAUAAACGAGGAGUUUAGAAAGGCAGCCCUAAAACAAGAAUGUGAAUCGAAAGUGAUGUGCCAUGGCCAAGCCAUGUCCUGGAUUGCAGAUGGGCAACGACGUUUGACGGAGAAAACCAAAAACACAAACCUCUAUAAACAGGAGUUGUUACAAACCAUUAAGGAGAAUCAAAAAAUUCGUUCGGAGCAAAAGACAAAGGAGUUAAAGGAGAUACAAGCGGCUAGACAAAUAACGGAUUCAGAACUAAAAUCACAUAGGGAAAAGGAAAUGGCUUUAUUGGAAAAGAAAAGGGAGACGUUGCGUAAAAAUGCUUUGGAGGCCAUGAAAAUGGUGGAACAGCGCAGAUUAAGAGAUAAGAUGGUCAACCAAGUAGAGGAUAGCCUGGCCUGCGCCUAUACUGCUGGAAAACGUCAAUUGGACUCCCUGCUUGCUGAACAAAGCAAAAAAAUACACGAUAAUCAACAAAAGAGAAUUGCUGAACAAGUCAAGAAACUCGCUGCUAAGGUUGACAAUACUCAGGCCAUUGAAAAUGAACGUCUACGUCGUGAUAUCUCGACCAUGCAACUUAAAUUUACUGCCGAAGAGCAAGAGAAAAUACGUAAGGACAGAGCUGCCAAACAGGCACGCAUUGAGGCUCAUAUGAGGGAAAUGCAAGAACUUAAAGAUGCUCAACUACGUGCUGACGAAGAGAAACGUUUUGAGAUUGCCCAACGUUUGAAGAAUGAAGAAGUCAACUUUAAUUUCGUUGCCAAGGAGAGACAAGACAUACUGGAGAAUGUUCGUGAAAUACGUUCAUUCCUUGAUAAGCAAAUUGAAGAAAAUCAUCGUAAUAGGUUGAACGAGAAACAGCAAAGCAUUGAGAAAACUAGCAAACAUUAUACGGACAAUGCCGAGCAAGAAGAUAAAUUCUUCUUUGAAUAUGCUCGAGACCUAAUGAAGGAUGCCCAGCAAAAGCAGCGACCUUUAUAUCCUUUCGUUAAGGCUGUACAGCACUAUAAGAAACAUCAUGAAAUCAAUUGCGAACGUAAAGUACCACCUCACAUGGUUACAAAACUCACUGUUGGUCGCUCACAGCCACCGGCUAAAGGGGAUAAAACUGAUAUGGCUGGCAAAGACAAUAAAAGUUCCAAAGUUCAUGAGGAUAUUUUACAAAAUUGUUUGGAAAUUAAUGAAAUCAUAGCUAAAGCUGAAAAAGAUCAAAAUAAAGAUGAGCCUAGUUCAACUGUCCAAGGUGAGGAAGGACAAUCCAUUGUCAUAUCCUCCAAAAACGAUAAUGGUCUUACGAGUUCGGCGAAAAUACGUUAUAGCAUGCAGGAUUUAAAAAAAUUAAAUCAAUAUGCUGCUCCUUCGUGUCAUUGAAAAGCCCAACUUAAGUGGGCGAUGAUUCCAAAAAUCCAUUCCUUGUUCCAUUUAUUUGUUGUAAUUUGAAUUCAUUACAAUUUUUUCGGUUCUUCAAACAUAUAGAAAAAUAAGGAGUUUCAAACUCUUUGCUUAA